UAUACAUAUACAUAUACAUACACAUAUACAUACACAUACACACGUGUGGUGGGUUAGCUAUAUAAAUCAUGAACAUUCUUGUCUAACUUCCAUUGGGUUCCAAUGGAAGACGACAUGUGCCCGCCAUUGCCGUCCAGUCUUUCUUCAACCGCCGAAGCCUCUCCAAACUCGCCGGAACCAGAGAAUCUCUGCAGCCUGCAUUUCGUUUCCAUGUACCACUCCAUUUUCCCUCCAUUAUUAUCAUCGUCAUCUCUUUCAUUCACGCCCUCGCCCUCCUCCUCCUCCUCCUCCUCCGCCGAUGACGACUUCAACAACCCCUGCACCGCCACUCCCACUUCCACGACCGACGAUCUCCUUUUCCAGGCCCGGCUUAUAUUGGAGCACCGUGAGCUUUGUCAACGCCAUGAUCUCUGCCUCCGCCGCCUCCGUCAAGUCACCGACGAUGUAGAUUGUCUUCAACGGGAGAAUGCGCAGCUCCGGUUGGCCAACGCCGAGCUCAUUAAGAUUCUUUCGUCGAAGACCGCGGUUGAUGAUCUCCAAUCUCUGAUUGGAGGAGGGCAAAACGGGGAGGAAGUUGGUUAUGAAAUUAUAAGUCCGACGAGUGUUAUAAGAAAAUACAACAGCCAGUUCGACGGAAGGAACAAUCGCCGCCGGACCUCUCUUCCCAAAAGCAUCUCCGUCCGCUCUGCAGCUGCCUCCGCCGCCGCCGCUCCACUCAACAUCCAGUCGCGGCGGGUGUGUGGUCCGGUGGAGUUGGAGGUGUACAAGCAGGGGAUGGCGAAGACGGAGCUGUGCAAGAAAUGGGAGGAGAGCGGGGGGUGCCCUUACGGGGAGCAUUGCCGGUUUGCCCACGGGGUUGAAGAGCUGCGGCCGGUCAUAAGACACCCACGUUACAAGACACAGAUUUGUCGGAUGGUACUGAGCGGUGAGAAGUGUUGUUAUGGUCACCGCUGCCAUUUUCGCCACUCUCUCACCCACCAGUAGGGGAAGCUGCUGCAAACUAAUAA